ACUCAGGCACACACACACCGACAGACAGACCUGCAAGCUGACUUCCAGCACACUCACAGCUCCACUGAACUUGGCUCAUGCUGCCGUUUCUCUGACAGAAGAAAAGAGGAGACACACACACACACACACCUCCGUGGGAGAGCUCAGAUAAAGACGUGCCUUCAGUCUUGGCGUGGCGCUGUCACACACUGAUAUACAAAUACGCAUUUAGACAAAUACACAGGCACAGUCAAGGAGCAACAUACACAUUCCCACAAAUUGACACACUCACUUCUUACAUACACAUACACAGGAGAGCAAACAGUCUCUCUCCCUCUUUCUUGCUCGCUCAGCUGCUCUCUCUCUCUCUCUCUCUCUGUCUCUCUCUCUCUCUCUCUCUCCCUCUCUCUCCCUCCCAUCUACACACACACACACACACACACACACCACUACAGUAUAUCAGCGAGUGACUAGCGGAGAGCCAGAGGGGAGUGCAGAAAUGAAUGUGAAGAUCCUGACGCUGGUGAUUGUGCUCUUGGUGUCUCUGCUGUGUUCUGCCAGUGCUGGUCCCAUGGCCUCCACGGAGCAUGGCAGAGAGCUGGAAGAGGCAGCUACGGUGAGAAAGCUGGUCCAGCAAAACCCUGCGAGGGGCGGUCAGACCCACAGACCAUCCGGCUGGAAGAGGAGACGCCCACGGCCCCGUCUUUCCCACAAGGGGCCCAUGCCGUUCUAGAGCAAGGCACUGCUUUGAGCGCCCUCCCCAGGUUCUGAUUUCUAUGCUCUUCCUUUGCCUUGGGGGGCCUUGCAACGAAGGGCCUACGCUUGCCCAGCCUGAAGAGUGAUGUCCAUAGCACCUGCUGGUUCUUCAAGCAACUCUGUCCACAAAAAAUCAGGACAAGCCGCUCACCCUCAGCUCUAGGAGGAAUUGGGGGCAGGGAAAGGGGGGGUGGGGAGGUAUUUAGCCCGAGCUAUCAGAUUCUAUUUCUCUGUCUCUCUCCUUCUCUCACUCCCUAACUACUUAUCUAUCUCUGUCUUCUCCCAAGUGUUUUUUUCUAUCAUUUGCUUAAUAGAGCCCAAUCAUAGCAGUCUCCCUGUGUGUCUCAAACACUUUGCAUGACAUGUGGCGGAGAGGGAGCCCGGUCAAAACAAUCUGAGUCUUAAAGCAUCUGUCACUUCUCCACUGUGUGGUUUUCCCAUCUCUCAGAUUCAAGGUUACUGCAGCUGCUAAUUUCAUUGCUGUGUAGCUACUUAGUGGCUUUACUAGUGGGAGAGAGCACUAAUCAUGGGAAAGGGCGGUGUCAGUUUUAAUAGUUGACAAUAGCAAAUAUUAAGUUUACUUGAUAGUCUGUAUGUCUGCUGCGAAAAGGAAUCAAAUGUUUCGUGUUUAAUAUGGAAAAGCAAGAGCGUUACAUCUGAACAACAUCAUGACUUUGCUUAAUUAUCUUUAUUAAUGGUGCUUUGUAAUUCCUAACGACAGUACAUCCACAUGCAAAGUAAAGUCGGACUGAAAAGAGAGCACAUAUUGUCAAAACAAUCUAUUUAAGUGACAGAAUAAUUCCUUCAUUUAGGAGAUUCUUUAAUCCAAAGCUAUUUCGGUGUUUCUGAACUCAUUAACACCUUGGGGGGUUUACUGAUGCGCUCAAGGUUACUGUAACAUGUCCCACCUUGGAUGAGUCUUUUGACCCCAAAUCCCAAUCCCAAUCCUGUCCCCAAUCCCCAGCCUUCUCACCACACUGCUGCCCCGUGCAGCUGCUCUACACGACUGUUAACUGGCAGGGGCGGUCUGCUCCACCGACAGGCCGCCUUGCCUUUUAAUGAAGUGCCAAAUAAUAACCUUCUCCACAAUGCUGCCAGGAACGAAAGAAUGAAAGGUUAGGGAGAAAUGAGAAACACAUUACCUCUUGUUUGAAGUCUUGAUACACUGACACAUUAUGCAUUUUAAAUUUCUGCAAAACAGAAAACACACGUGAGACAAUGUUAGUGCGGAAGAGUUAAAUUAGACCAAAAAAAAGAGAAAAAAAUAAGAAGAAGGAGAAAGAAAAAAACAAACAAACAUUACAGCAAACAUCAGCUGAGUUAAUAUGUCACCAUGAUCAGCCUACCACUAGUGCUCUGGCUGUGUUAAUAUUCAGCAUAAGGCUGGUUUGACCCCGAUAUCUUUCACUGAGAUAAUGCUAUGCCUUUCCAUCAUACUGGAAUAUAUUAUAUUACUGUUUAUGUUAUUUGUGUGUUUAAGUAGUUUUAUUUCUUUUUUUCUCAGGGUGCUGUGAUAGAGGCUUGUACUAGAGCAGUCUAUUUUGCGCAUUUAUUUUAAAAAAAACACAAAUUUACAGUACAUUUAAAGCUUAUAUGAGCAUAUUUUGUAUACUGUAUCUUUACUCUCCCUCUAUGUAUACACCAAUAUAGCCAUGUAUCCUGAUUCAGUCCUUUCCCUACGUUAUGUUGGGUACAGUUGCCUUUCUAGUCUGCCCUUCCACAGCACAGGUGGUCGUGGCUUUGAUCAUUACGCUCAUUAAAUCCUAGAGUUAAUCUUUCUCAGAUGGAUCUCCCCAAGGCUGGCCGGGGCCACUUAGUCUGAGCUCAUUGUUAAAUUGGCUUAGACUGAAACCACACCCUUCCCCCUUUCCAAUCCCCAGACCCCUACUGAUUCAGUGUGUAACCAUGUAACAUAUUAACCUGUAGAGCAGCCACCUUCCAGUCGUUUGAUGCGUAUUAGGCAACUUCCUAAUUUAAAAAAAAAAAAAGGGUUUAAGUUGAAAACUCGAAAAGAGACAACAUUACAAUCAGCAAAUGCCCUUAUUCGAGGCAGUUUUGACCAGACAAGCGACUGGCAGGUUAAACUAGAUUUCAACACUCUUUCCCUCUCGCCAUGUCUCAUGCAAAUAUUAUAAUAAAAUGCAGAGUCUUCUCAGUCCCAGCAUGAGAAGCUUUUAUUAAGAGAGCAUCUAAAAUCACAGUGGUAAUCCACCCAGCCAAGCUCACCUUGAUUAAAAAUGUAUUAAAUCCUAGGGCACUGUGAAGAGUAAUAAUUUCAGUUCCACCAUUAUUUUUUCAUACCCUCUCAGACAGAGAUGUAGAUUUCAUUAAUGCUCCUCGGGUAUGAGACAGCUUUUCUCAGGAUGUCUCAUGUAUUAUUGGGGAAGAUAGUAUGAAGAUAUGAGCUGGGGAUGGAAGUUCUGAGCCGCAGGAGUUGGGAUGCUGGAAGUAGACUGGGUCAUGAAAAGGGGUUCAAAUCAAUAUUUCCCCAUCUCAGAAGUUAUUGUUACGGAGCCGAGCAACGUCUGUAUCCGCACUGUUCUUCAUGAAUGUAUCCUCACCAUCUGCACCAGCCAUGCUGCCCUUUCAGAGACCAGAGCAAACCAAUGUUUAUGUAAAGUACCCUUUGAAUCUUUGUCUGGUUAUCAGUUGAAUCCAAAAAAUCAAAGCCAAAUAUCCCAUUAAUCCAAAGCCUCCGGUGUCAACUAGUCCCAACGAAUAGACGUGGCUUUGCUCCAAGACUUCUCUGUAUGGGUUUGCAAGGCUGCACUUUUGCAAUUCCAUUAUGCUGCUGGAAAAAUACACCCUGAAAACAAGAGUCUCUUGGUAUGGAAUGGUUUUCCAGUGUAUUGUGACAAUUUCUUUGUCUGAUUCUUGUCUAGCUGGUUGUCCAAAGCUUACUUUUUGAAUACAGUGUGAAAAGCUGUAUCUUUUGUGGAUGUAACAAAAUAGAAAAGUAGUCUGCAGCACAAUAUGUCGUGGACACGUGAAAGCUUUCAGGCAUUCUUUUCUUGCAGAUCAUAGCCCACAACCCUCCCUUGCACAUCAGGUUAAUGGGGCUUGUGGUGUGGAAGGACAAGCACGUCCAGGCUCAAACUGAAAUGGUAAACCAAUACAUUAUGCUCGGGGAGCAAAACCAUUUUCCUUAAUGGUCUUUUCCAGCAAGGCUUACACUAGAGAAACGAUUCCUAUCCUCUCAAUGUUUCCUCUCCAGUUCCUCUUCUCUGUGACCAUCACAAGGCCUGAGUAAUGUUCCUAUGCACUUGUUAGCAUGUUUUCCUGGUAGAAAAAAAAAGUUUGUUCAGAGAACUUGCCCCUUUGUGUUUAGUUCUUUUUGUCCAAAUGCAUUUGGCUGGGAGUGUUUAAGGAGUGGGAAUGAGCAGAGAGAUAGAUUUGUGUUACUGGUGGAGAUGAGAAUAAGCUAGCAGCAGGUUAUAGAAUAUUAGCUUAGCCAUUGGUCUCUGUUUCCCAAUAGCUAUAGACACAACCCCCGCACUAAAAGAUCGCAAAAAACACAAGGUUUUUACUUUUUUUUUUCAAAUCCUAUUGUCACUCUAUACUCUCACUUCUCUACCAGAUAAAAUUCCUUUAACGUUACAUUGAACCAAACAUUUCACUCAUUGUGGAAAUGGAAACAGAGUUGACAAACUAAACACAUUCCAUGAUUUUACCUUGUGAAGCUCUAAGCCCAUCAAACUGUAUCAUGUUGGCCUUCAGAGUGGGUGUCUGCAGGAUCAAGUGGCUGAUAUUCAAUCCAAUGCAUUCACACUUUUCCACCGGCUGGGCAAUCCAAAGGAUAACUAGAUUUUAUCUCCCAUGGGAAAUGGCUAUGAUCUGUCAUAAUCUCGGAGCCUCAAAAUGAGACUUCCUACACCCAGAAUAGCACAGGCCCCUCCUGCCUUGAUUGUGACACAUUCUCCAUCUAUAUAACCACUGUUUCCAAAAUCAGCUACAUUCAGAACAAUCUGAGGAGAGAUGCAGUCUGAAGGCUUACACGCCAUCGCAACAGUGUUACUAGGUCUCAAGCAGAUACCAUUUGAAAGACAAUGUAUUACUCCUGAAACUUAUAUUCUGUUUAUGGUGUGUGCUCAUAUUACCCACCAGGCCAAAUGUACAGUCCCUGUCUCUGUUUUGAUGUUGAACUGGGCAAAAAUAAAUGACAUAAAUAAAUAAAUAAAACAAGUGUAUCAGAAAUGGUUGAAAUACUGUGUACAUAUUUGAACUUUUGGUUUCUAAUUUAUAAAAGAUAAGCUUUAGCUCUUGGAGUACUUAUUUUAUUUUUCCUUUCAUGCGUAGCUUUGUGUUUUUAUUUUCUAUUUCUGUAAAGUGUGUAAAUAUAUCUUUAUGAUAAUAAGUAAUAUUAAAAAUCUUAUUUUA